AUGCACACUCUUUAUACCCCCCCUGCUCCGUCUCCUGCCCCUAACUUUCAGCUUCCGGCAGCGGCCGAUGUCCGAUACAACAAUUGCAGGCGAUGCAAGUAUCCUCUCAUAUGGGAUACUUCAGUCUCAGUCCUGUAUAGCACCUACAUCAUUCUACCAACCCCUCUUCUCAUUACCUUAACAAUUAACAAUCCAGAAACUGAUAACAUCACGGAAGAAGGGAACCGGUUUUUGGUAACAAGGCUAUUGUUAUUCUCUGGUUUUCUCAAGGAAACGUUCUAUGAUACGAUUUCGUACGAAAAUCUUAACCAAUAUGCACAAAGCAAAUUUGCGCUUGUUAUAGUGUUCCCGCCAUCGCCUUCGGCUUCCCCACAACUCGUCGUGCCCGACGCCCCCUGACUCUUAAUGACGAAUGGCUGCGGCC